GUCACGUAGAGCUUUGCGCAUGCGUAGCUCAUUUUAUGCUGUGAAUUACACAGGUAUCUGAAGUGCAGUAGUCGCUUGUCUCUUGAGUUAAAAUGCCAUCAAUCAUCACAGCCGAAUCAGUCAUGGGAGACGGGAGCAGUGUUCAGAACCAAAUGGGUCAGUGUGCACCGCUGCUGUCUCCUGUUAUCGGCAGUUUUAUUGUGAUUGCUGGAGAUGGCACCAGUGUUGGCACAGUUAUUAGGCUGCAGUGCCCCUCAAGACAUCGUGUGGUCAGUGGCAGUCAGAUGUCCUGUGUGUGGAGCAGUAAUAACACACACUGGAGUGGUGGAAUACCCGAAUGUAAACCUCUGACUCGGUUGGAGGAUAAGGGGUUCCAGUUGGCUCUUCUUUUGUCUUUCAUCAGCAUAGUCAUCAUUAUUUUCAUGAGCAUCAUUUACAUCACUUCCUGUUUGGUGAGGCAUGUGAGACAUGAGGAGAGGAGGAAGAUGGAGAGGAUGAGAAAAAGGGAGGAAGCAACGUUUUGGCAACAAAUGGAUGGUGAUGGUCUGGAUCUUACCGGAGAGGUUUUUCACAGCCAGAAAAUCAGAAAUAACAACAACAACAACAACAACAAUAGCAUCAGGGAAGAGAGACAACACAUGGAAACUACCAUAACAACAGACAACCAAAUAUUUUCUCAUGAUGAUCUGGUGCCAUCUGCAGGAAACUGCCUAUAUUCAAUACAUUCAGCCCUCUCACUGAGAACACCACUUUCCAUAGACAACCAAACAGACAUCAAUUAUCUCUCUCCUUUAAAAACUAUCCUCUCAACUCAGUGAAAAGACACUUUUUUGUUUCCUAAAGAAGACACACUCUGAGAUAGACAACACUUACAGUGCACAUGUCCAAGUUCUAAAGACUAUGAUUGAAUUAUGCAAACUGGAACUUGUCAUGAGACAAGUAUUCAACUGAGAAACAUUUUUAUAUGUUUUGAAAAUUGAAAAUAUGUGUCGUUUAGCCUAUCUGUCUUAUUGUACUUUUGUUCAUGCUGUGAUCUAAACCACAAGCGGGUGUAGUGAAAACCCAGUGUCUAAAACAGUAUUUAUUGUUCAGUUAAAUUUAUUUUCACAAUGUGGAUUGUUGCUACAGAAGAAAACAUUUGAGCACAAAACAGCAAAAGGGAUAUAGAAUAAUAUAUUUUGUGAAUUGUGUAUAUUUGAAAUAAGUUAUGCAUUAAAGUACACAAUAAAUGUUUUAAAUUGUAUAUCUUACUGUUAUCUAUGACCCUUUAAUGCAAUAAAUUGUAUAGUUUGUACAGUAGAAUAAUAGCAUUAGCUAAUAG